AUGAAACCCCAAGCUAAACCGAAAAAGCUUCAGUCUUACCCUCUUCCAUCAUCGAUCAUGGCUUCCAACAAACCAGUUCUCAUUCUCCUUUCCCUCCUCACACUGUCCUCCAUCGUCAUCUUCAAACCCUCUCAUGCCGUUGAUUUCCCCAUGAGCAAACCUGGUUGGAAAAUCGCCGUCUACUGGGGACAAAACAACGAAUCCAGUGAAGGACCCUUAACCGAGGCAUGCGACUCUAAUCUCUACAACAUCGUCGCCAUCGCAUACCUCCAUGUUUCCGGCAACACAACAUCCUUAAACCUGGAAGACCACUGUCCUCUCGGCAACUGCUCCGCCCUAGCUUCACAAAUCCAACACUGUCAAAGCAAAGGCAUACAAGUCUUCCUUUCCGUCGAGGUGGAUGCCGUCGAUGAUCCUACUUCCUUGGCACAGUAUCUCUACGAUAGCUUUCUCAGCGGAAAAUUAGGCCCUCUCGGAGCAGUGACCUUGGACGGCAUCGAUCUUGCCCACGUUGAAUACAGCUCAGAGCCAUGGGACGAACUUGUGAGGGCGAUCAAUGGUUCGACCCAAGACAAAAAGAUUUACAUUUCAGGAGCCCCACAUUGCGAUACCAGUUCCUUGGACAGUGCAAUCGACACGGGUCUUUUUGAUUAUCUCUGGGUUUUAUAUUAUGGCCCAUGGGCCACGUGCGAAUAUUUAGGAAACAACGACUUCACAAAUCUUCUUAACUCAUGGGCAAAAUGGACGUCAAAGCCAGGUUUAGCUAAUAGCUCAGUGUUCUUGGGUUUAGUAGCGUCAAAUGAGACAUCCGCAGCAUCCUAUGGUUACAUACCACCAGAAGAGCUCAAGUCUGAAGUUCUUCCGACCGUGACGGAAUCUUCAAACUUCGGAGGAGUCAUGCUCUGGAACAGGUACUAUGACAAGGAAACAGGUUAUAGUACUAAGAUAAGGGAUGCUUUGGGUCAAGGAGAUUCAACAGUCUCUUGGCCAAAUCUGCGUAAAAAUGCAUGGCAUAGAAACGCAGCUCUUAGAGACUAUCCAUUGUCAUCCCUCCCCUCCAUGUCUUUUCAAAUCGCUUCCACCACCACAUCAGGAGCUACUACUAUAAGAUGGUAUCCCAGCGUCGUGACCAUAGCAAGCUUGGUAAAAAGGUCUGCUACUUGGUUGCUCUCUCUCGGAACAUGCUUGAAGACAACUGUCCAUUCUCUGGUUCUCACAGAUUUAAUUUCUUCAAUCAGGGACACAUCAACGUGGGUCGAGAGGUCCGCCUCGUUAAUCAGCCUAAGGACCUCAGUUGCGUCAGUUUCUAACACUACUUGUCCUGAUCCUGAAUCCCAAGCUAGUUUAGGCCCCAACAAAAUCGCCCAAAGCUCCGUGAUCAAAGCAUCACCUGUGGAGCCCUUAGGAUGA